UAUUAGACAUGCUUGGUUCUUAACGAGCGAGUUUUAAAUGUAUUAAAAGCUAUUACGGACAUACCUCUCAAAGUAUUGUAAUUACAAUUAUCAUACGAAGAAAGAGAUCUUUGCUAUGGUCCUCAAUUACCUGUGCACAUGUGGAUAAUUGUAUCACUCCGAGAUCUGUUUCCUUUAGGUUUACGUACAACACCGCACUACUUUGUACCCGAACUAUUUGUGAUUUUUUUUUUUCGAAACUCGCGGCGGAAUACUGUGUUCUACGGCCUUAAAGCUACUCUACGCGCGUACUCUACGUAACUAUCAGCUUUACUGUCUGGAAACGAAGAGAUUGUUGGCAAAAUGGCGGGCACUAACGGUCAACUGAUGAUUCUAGCAGUGGUGAUCUUUUUCACUGUAGCCGUCAUCAAGGGUACAGAAGGAAGUCCUCCCCAGCUAGUUAACGUCGGGGCAUAUGACGUUUCCCGGGAAUCUGGACUGAAACUGUUGGACCGUCUUCUUGGGGCUGGUGGAUAUGAGGGCGUGUCCGGCUAUGAGACGUCUGAUGUGGAAGACCUCCCAAUCAUGAUGGAGCGUCGUCGAACAUGCAAAGGUUACUUCUGCUGCAUGGCCACUUGCGCCCAGCAUAUGUUCAGCAUGCAUCCCGUUAUCAAGAACGGACGGUGUUACUGCUCCCCCUAAUGGUUUAGCAGUAAACUGCAGAAUGAGAUCCACAACCACGAUAUUAGAACAGCAGUAGCGCGGCUUGCUCUAUGUUUUACCAGUUUGGCCCCAGAUUAGCAUGUAACACUCAUAUAUCUUUUACCAAUAUAGAAUAAGUAUUAAAGAGAGCGAUAGAAAGGAACAAUUCACAAUAUUCUCAGUAACGUGCAUAUGACUUUGUUGAUCUCCGUAUUUGCAAUUCAUUGUAUCCCUGGAUAUCUAAGAGCAAAAUAAAACAUCUAUAAUGGAUU